AUGAGUGAUCGAAUAAUGAUAAACUACGGUGAUGGUGGCAAUUCUGUCGGUGGUGAUAUUGGUGUUAGUGUUGUUGGUGCUGGUAUUGCUGUUCAUAUUCUUGUUGUUGUUGUUGUUGUUGUUGUUGUUGUUGUUGNUGGUGGUGGUGGUGGUGGUGGUGGUGGUGGUGGUGGUGGUGGUGGUGGUGGUGGUGGUGGUGGUGGUGGUGGUGGUGUGGAACUUGAUUGCAAACCCGCAAAAUUGUCCGGGGUGCUAAUUCCCGAUCAACAAACUUCACUGUAUUUACAUACGUAUAAACCUGAUUUGGUAAGCUGGAUCAGUGCGAUCUGGAUGGAUCAAGGAUAA